ACUGACAUUCCCAAGACCGCUGGAAGAGGCUCAAAGUCUCUUCCGGGAUUUUCCAGGGCAGGGAACUUCAUCCUAACGAAACGGAGGCGCAAAUCCUAAUGGCUUACAAAUUUCCGCCAGGGAGGCUGAUUCUAACUGAGGAUUAAGUCCAACUCUCUGACGCUUUGGGAAAUGUCCAGGAGUUAGGAAACGCAUCGCCGUGGUCUCCCCAGCCUGCAAGGCUCGCCUCGCAAACAGCUGGCACCAGCGCUUCAAGUGACCACUGGACCACCUCGCAAACAGCCAGGACCACGCAUCGUUUUUGAAUUCCAAGACUGGCCCAUUUCUCCACCGCGGCGCCAGGCGGCGCAGCAGGGCGGUGGGAGAGUGCGCGUGCGCAGUUAGCGGACGGUUCCGGAGACAACGCUCCCAGCCGCCUGCGGGCUCCCUGGGCAACAUGAAGACCGGCGAGGACGCCAGAGGAGAGGGCAGCGCGGGGCCGCGGAAGCUAGGACUCUGCGUCCUCUGCGGCCUGCCAGCAGCAGGAAAAUCGACCUUCGCUCGGGCUCUCAGCCACCAGCUACGGCAAGAGCGGGGCUGGGCCGUGUGCGUCGUCGCCUAUGAUGACGUCAUGCCGGACGCGUUCCUCGAGGAGGCGAGCGCACGGCCAUUGCCAUCCCAAUGGAAAUUGCUUCGACAGGAACUCUUGAAGUACCUAGAAUACUUCCUGAUGGCUGUCAUUAACGGGUGUCAGAUGUCUGCGCCACCCAACAGGACUGAAGCCAUGUGGAAAGAUUUUAUAACCUGCUUAAAGAAUCAAGAUCUGAUAUCUUCUGCAGCGCUUGAGGCCCAGUCUUGCUACCUCUUAACAAAGACUGCUGUUUCUAGACCUUUGUUUUUCAUUUUAGAUGACAACUUUUAUUAUCAAAGUAUGAGAUAUGAAGUCUACCAACUGGCUCGGAAAUAUUCAUUAGGCUUUUGCCAGCUCUUUUUAGAUUGUUCUCUCGAGACCUGUUUACAGAGGAAUGGCCAGAGACCACAGACACUGCCUGCCGAGACCAUCCACCUGAUGGGAAGAAAGAUAGAAAAGCCCAACCCUGAGAAAAAUGCUUGGGAACACAACAGCCUCACAAUUCAGAGUCCAUCAUGUUCUGCUGAGGCCAGCCUGCAGUUGACUGAUUUAUUGCUUACUGCUUUGGAAAAUCCAGUGAAAUAUGUUGAGGACAAUGUGGAACAAAAGGAAACAGACAGAAUUAUUUGUUCAACUAACAUUCUCCAUCAAGCUGAUCAGACACUCCGACGAAUUGUCUCUCAGACGAUGAAGGAAGCAAAAGAUGAACAAGUGCUUCCUUACAACUUGAAGCUUCUAGCAGAAGAACUUAACAAGCUCAAAGCCGAGUUUUUGGAAGACCUAAGACAAGGAAACAAAAAAUACCUGUGCUUUCAACAAACCAUUGACAUAGCAGAUGUUAUUUCUUUUUUUCAUUAUGAGAAAGAUAACAUUGUACAGAAAUAUUUCUCAAAGCAGCAUUAAAACUUCUGAUUUUCCAAUCAAAUAUCUGAUUUUCAUUAAGAUUUUGCAAACUAAAACAAUUUUAUAUUACUGAAUGUUUUCUAGGCCAAUGAUGUGAAUUGCCAAAUAUUUAUCUUUUAAAAAAAUUAGUCCAUUCUAAAAGAUCCAUUCGUCGUUAACAGAAAUUAUUGUCCAGUACUCACUUUUCAGAUGUGACAAUGGAUAAUUAAGAUUCAGAGGCAGCCUUCCUCAUUUAUGUGCCAGAACCCUUAGGGUGGGGUUGGCAGGGGCAGGAGUCAUGUUGAAUGGAUCUUAAAGCAAAGAAACUAGGAAGGAGACAAUGUUUUUGUAUGUAGGUAAGAAAGACAAUGCAAAGAGCAGAUGUAUGGAGCAGUUUUUCUUUUUAACUCAUGUGACAGAUCUUCUCCUGGAUAAGGCAUUCUACAAAUUCAAACAAAUCUAGCCAAAAAACCUUUGGGGUUUUUUUAUUUCCAUUUUUUUUGUGAGGAAGAUCAGCCCUGAGCUAACAUCCAUGCCAAUCCUCUGCUUUUUGCUGAGGAAGACUGGCCUUGAGCUAACACCUGUGCUGAUCUUCCUCCACUUUAUGUGGGACGCCGCCACAGCAUGGCCUGACAAGCGGUGCAUCGGUGCGCGCCCAGGAUCCAAACUGGGGCCUCCAGCAGCGGAGUGCUCGCACUUAACCUAUACGCCAUGGGGCCAGCCCAAAACCUUCGUUUUUUUAAUUAACAUUUUACGUACUAGAAACUUGCUAAAAGACUAAUUGGAUCCUAGUUUUCAAAAAAGAAAAAUCGAGAUCAUUAGAAAGUGUUAGUUUUUAUUCAUAUAUUACAAAAGCAAAGCUUCAUUCACAAUAUGAACUACAUACUACAGUUAUUUCAGCAUUAAACUGCUUUCUGGAAUCCCUCAACAAUAUAGUGUUUUGCAGCCAUACUCAAGUUUUAUGUUUCGCAUACAAAAUAUCUUCUUGACAUCAAAGUACACAUUAACAAAAACAAAUUCCAGAAAUCAUAUACCCUCUAAGACUAGUUAAUGAAAAAGUCCUUAGCAGGGAAUUUUUUUUUAAAUACAUCCAUUUGAUAAAUAUUUUUGUAGAACUUAAAAUGAGGUUUAUCUCUGAACUUUUUUUUAGUAAUAUUCCCUUUGUCAAACAAUUCUGCAGAUGAAUGGCAAACACUUAUUUCUAAAAUGAAAUAGCACUGGAAGAUAUCCAAUGGAAUUUUUUCAAAGUAAAAAUCUAGGCUUUACUUGAAUUUCAAGAAGUUAUUAUAUUAGAAAUAAAAUUAUUCCCUGUUAAUCUCUUCACAGUUUCUUAAAAAAAUA